UUUUUCUCUCUCUCUCUCUCUCUCUCUGUCUCUCCACUGUCUCUUUCCUUUUCCCUCGGAAAAAGAAAUAGAUACACAAGAGAGGAGACUGACUGAGACGCGUUUAAGUUCUCUACAAGAGAGCGCUGCCGCUGAUUCUUUCACAGAUCUUCAACUUUCCGACCACCAUGGUCGACGUCGAAAGGAGAAUGACCAGUUUAAACCCGGGCCAUGUAGCCGGUCUACGCCGACUCUCGGCCCGUGCUGCAGCUGCUUCCACUGCCACCACUUCCACUCCCGUCCGGACUGGUCUCGAUUCUUUCUCUUCCCUCGCUGUUAAGGUCAUUUCCCACCUCCGGAGCUCCGGCAUUUCGGUACAGCUAGGCCUGUCUGACGCCGAGUUCGCCUUAGCAGAAGCCGAGUUCGGCUUCGUUUUCCCACCUGAUCUCCGUGCCGUUCUCUCUGCUGGGCUCCCGGUUGGACCCGGAUUCCCGGACUGGCGUGCCAGCGCAGGAUCACGGCUUCACCUCCGCGCAUCUCUCGACCUCCCAAUCGCAGCGAUUUCGUUCCAGAUUGCACGUAACGCUCUAUGGCCCAAGUCUUGGGGUUCACGUCCUUCCGACCCAGAGAAGGCUCUUCGUGUAGCUCGAAAUGCACUCAAGAGGGCACCACUGUUGAUCCCUCUCUUCAAUCACUGCUACAUCCCUUGCAACCCCUCUUUAGCAGGAAACCCCAUCUUCUUCGUUGAUGAGAAUCGGGUAUUCUGCUGCGGAUCAGAUCUAUCGGAUUUCUUCGAACGUGAAUCCCUGUUCAGAUGCGACAAUGAUCCUUGCGUCCUCAAGAGGCAACGAUCCGUUAGCGAGAAGACAUCAGUUUCAUCAUCAUCAGCAUCUUCAUCUUCUUCAAAUUGCUCCCGCAGAAGCCUAGAUUCCGGUAGCACCGCAGGGGGAAGAACACCCAGAUGGGUUGAGUUCUGGAGCGACGCGGCCGUCGAUAGAAGACGAAGGAAUUCGUCCUCUUCUUCGUCUUCCUCAUCACCGGAUCGGUACUUUGAGAUUCCUCGGCCGAUAUUUCGUGGGAAACUGCCGAAAUGGGUAGAAGGGUAUUUGGAACGGAUCGGAACUGUUCUAAGGAAAGGUGGGUGGAAUGAGACUGACGUGGAAGAAAUCGUUCAGGUAUCGGCCUCUGGUUUUUUCGAAGAGGAUAUGAUUUUGUUAGAUAGUCAAGCUGUGUUGGAUGCUCUGCUUCUUAAGGCAGACCGGUUUUCGGAUACCCUCAGAAAAGCAGGGUGGAACUCUGAGGAGAUAACAGAUGCUCUGGGUUUCGAUUUUCGGCCGGAAAAAGAGAAGAAACCAUUGAAGAAAUUGUCGCCGGAGCUAGUAGAGAAGAUCGGAAAAUUGGCAGAGUCAGUUUCCCGAUCAUGAACAAAGAUUACAGAGGUCCCGCAUCGA